CGCGGCGCGGCGCCCACAAAGGUACUUUGCUUGCAGCGACUGGCAGCGUCCGGCGCGCCCCUCGUGCCUGGCGCGCUAUAAGACAAGCGGGCUUGGGCCCCGAUCCAGGCAUCCAUCACCUCGCCAUCAGCGAGGAGCGCACAGCUGACAGCAGAGAGCUGGCAGCAGCCAUGGCCGGGGGCUCCGGGAAGGCGACCUACUACGCGGUGCUGGGCGUGGCUUGUGACGCAUCCGCCGCCGAGAUCCGCUCCGCCUGGCGCCGCCUGUCCCUGAAAUGGCACCCGGACAAGCUGAAGGGGGCAGGAGAUAACCCUCGUCUGAAGGAGCAAGCCCUGGCCAGGUACCACGAGAUCCAGGAGGCCUACAAAGAGCUGUCCGACCCGUCGAGGAAGGCCAUGUACGACGCGGCCCUGCUCAGGCAGCAGCGGUUCGACGAUGCUGCCCACGGUCGCGACACCGUGGACGAGCUGUCGGACAUGGUCGACAAGCUGGAGAUCAAGAUCGUCAAGAGCUCCUCCUCGUCGGCUCGCACCGGCCGGCCAGCUUCGGGACGGAUCGACCUGUUCUUCACCUUUACCACCGCGGCGGCGGCGCCGCCCCCCGGAACGCCCGAUGUGCAGGCUCCUCCUCGGCCCCGCGCCGCCGUUCCUCCCAGCACAGGAUGCUACAGAGUACUAUCUUCGGGGCCAGGCUGCGGCAGUACCGCAAAGACUAGCUGUUCCGUUGCUGGCCCCGGCGGGCCCCCGUGCUGAGAGCUGAAGAGAAUAAUCGUAGCCUAGCCUAGCUUGCUCGCUCCUAUAUGCAUGUAUCCUAGUGCUGGGCUACCAAAGUUGCCUGUCCAGCAAUGGUGGACAUUCAUCUGGUACCCGCGAGUCCCGUAUAACAAGAGAUGUGUGCUAUGAAUCCACCAGGCUUAUCUGCUAGCAGUGUGUGGCAUCACCCAAGAAGUAUUUGGAUGUACUUGAUCUUUCAAAAAUCAAACAUAUAAGGAUUUGCUCAUUCU